AUGGAUUUAGCAAGUCGUGCUACAUUUCGGGGGCAAGUAACGAAGAUCGUGAACGGCGCAGGCGAUUUCCUGAAAUCAAAUGAGUGUCAAAUUAAAGAUGGCAUGGACCAAUAUGCUUUGGAUUGCAUUGAGGAGGAACUCAGCGUUUUCUUGGAUCGAUUGACAUCGGCACAUGCGAGUCUUCGCAAGGCAAAUGCCGAUGUUCGUUCCUCAAUAAAAACGGAUGAUUUUGAUCGAGAAGCAGAAUCUGUGGCUGAAUAUGAUGACAAAGCUGUAUCAACCAUUACACGACUUCAAAUUCGUUUAAACAAGGUGAAACAAUAUCAAAAACAAUUAUUAUCCCCCUCAGUUCCAAUUAUUGAUGGUUCCCCGAAUAACGAUAACAAUAUUUCAUCACAUAACGCUACCAUAUCCCUUCAAAAUAAAAUGCCAGCAGUAAAACUUCAAAGGCUGCAACCUAAAAAGUUCUCAGGCGACUACAAAGAAUGGAUACCGUUUUGGGAACAGUAUAAAACACUUGUGCAUGAUAAUCUGUCCCUUUCCACUGUUGACAAGUUUAACUACUUGGAAGCAGCUUUGACUGGUAAGGCAGCAAACACCUUGGUAGGCCUCACACCAAGUGAACUUAAUUACGAGACGGCCAUAAACAUACUCAAAGAAGAGUAUGGAAAUAAAGAAAAAAUAGUCGAUCAUAAUAUGCAAUGCUUGUUGUCCAUUCAGCCAGUUCAAUCAAAGGUGGACGCUACAGGGCUGAGAUGCCUCUAUAAUUCUGUUAUAGCUUCCACCCGAUCACUUGCUGCUCUCGGAAUUCCAUCAUCAAAUUAUUACGUCAUGCUAAAAGGUGUCCUACUCCGUUGCAUUCCCAAUGAAUUGAGAGUUGAUUUUCACAGGUAUUACGAUGACUCUUCCUGUCUAGAAGGUGAUAAAAACGAUAUUUCUGACCAUAACGAUAACGAGGUUUCCUCUAUAAGAUCCGAUAUUUCAUCAACGAAAGACAUUGGUGAUAAAACCGUAAAAUAUUUAUUGAAAUUCAUCAAAAGAGAAGCUGAAUCCCUAGAGAAGGCUCAAGAAGCGAAACAAAGCUCAACUCGAGUGCAAUCAUCCACAUCCAAACCGGUUAAAACAGCUGUUGGAUUAUUUACAGCAGGAAUAAAUGACAACCAUUGUUUUUUUUGUAAAGCCUCUGAUCAUUAUUCAUCUGAUUGCAAAAGCUCUUUUCCUAUAGCCAAAAAGAAACAGAUGUUAAAGGAGGACGGACGAUGCUUUCGGUGUUGUAGAAAAGGUCACUACUCUAAGAUGUGCAAGAAACGAUUUCAACUUUUGUGCAAAAUUUGUAACGGGCGACACGCAACUUCUAUGUGUGAUCCAAACCAUACACAAUCUACAUCGACAUCUUCAGGUAAAAAGAAAAGUACACCUCCAUCACCAUCAACGCAAAAUAAUACUCUGACGUCACCAAUUCAACCGCAGCAAUCAACUAACUUAUACACCACACAGACACAGAGUCAUAAUUUAGUACAGCAAGUUAACACUGUGUACUUGCAAACGGCAUUUGCAUUUGCUUCGAAAAAAAAUUCCUGUAAAUCAUUGUAUGUGCGAAUGGUAUUGGAUGGCGGCAGCCAAAUGUCAUUUAUAAAAUCUAGCGUGGCACGUCAACUCGAUUUGGAUAUUAUCGGAAUACAAAAUAUAAAUAUCAUACCAUUUGGAAGCAAAGAGCCUAGACCAAGCAUGCAGUGUAAUAAGGUACAAGUAGUAUUGCGCAACCAAUAUGACAACAGAAUUGUUUCUUUGGAACUAAUGGAGGUUCCCGAAAUCUGUGUUGAUGUUUUGUCAACGCCAGAUGAAAAUCUGGAAACGUUAAGUGACUUGCAGCUGGCAGAUGUGCGUCUCGAAAAUUUGCAUGCUGAAAAUGGAAUCAGCAUUUUAAUAGGAGCAGAUAAUUAUUGGGUUGUUGCAACUGGACAACAUAAACGGAUUACACCCGAUCUAACAGCAAUAAACACUGUUCUUGGGUGGACUUUGCAAGGUAGGUCUCCUGUCAUUUCUCAUAAUUCAGAUGCUGUGUUGAAUCUUUCGUGUGUUACUUCUUUACAUGUCUGUGCCUGUGAGGAUCUCCAACAAUUCUGGCGACUAGAAACUAUUGGAAUAACAAACGAUAAAAUUAUAGAACGUCCAAUAGAGCCCAUUAUUCGCAAGGUUGCAGAUCGAUACGAGGCAUCACUGCCAUGGAGAGAUGUUAAAGAAUCGCUUCAUGAUAAUCGUAUUGGCGCACUUUAUCGAAUGCAUUCACUGGUCCGAAAAUUAAGAGCAAUAGGAAGACUAAAGGACUAUGAAUCAUCAAUGCAAGAGAUGAUAAACGGUGGUUUGGCUGAACGAGUGAAGGAUGAAGGAUAUGCCUCAUAG